AUGACACUAAGGAUCACCCCCCCCCCCAGUGAUCCUGGCACGGGUGAGUCUAGACAGAGCCUUCAAAUUUUAAUUAGUUCAUACAUGUCCUUACUUUGCUGUACUCCUCACUAAUUUAGAUUGGGGGGGCAGCAACAGCUAUGAGGAAGACCCAGCCCCAUUCAACUAUAUAUGCAUUUGUAGCCAGAGAACAGUUACGUUUUUUUGUAGGGUUGAAUGCUGGUUGAUCAGAUGUGUUAGCCAUUUCUGUUACGGAGGACAGGAUGUCCAUGCUUUAAGCAUGAAGCACAAACAGCUGACCUUGCUCCUCCACUCUGGGAAUGCUAUGAGUCCGCAGGGCCUGAUCAGCAGAUUAGAACUGUGGAAACGCCCGCUUCACGAAGCAAUAUAUCACUGAUUUAUUCCUGAAGGUGAUGGUCUUCUUUGUCCUGGAUUUGAUAAACACUAGGGCAUAUGUGGGCUUGAAGCACACAGAUGCUUUGGAAAGGUCACGCUGUGCUUGGCGCCGUGAUGGUCAAGUUUUACUCCGUCUGUUUAUUUCAUUCCAAAGAGCAUGACUGGAUUUCUUGGAAGGCGGCUGUUUGCGUGACAGGUGUUGUCAGAGCACGCAGCUAGCCUGUUUGUCUUUGGCAGGUUUCCCGGAAGAACAGUCGAAAUGUCGGAGCAAUCUUCGCCACUUCGGUGUGAGUGAAACAAGGAGCUCUUCAAAAACAUUAGCUCCAGCUUAGAUUUCCACGAAAUCAGCUGCUUUCCAGCUAAUCCCCGAUCAGCUUUGUGACCAUUUUCUGCCCCUGCUUCUUCUGAUUCAUGUGUCGCUUAACUUUUCUACUACUCUCCUUUUAGAGAAGUAGAAAAGGCAAGUGAAUGAGAUUAAACCAUGAUGAUUUGGUUACUGCUGUUCACAGUAGGCUUUUUUUGAAUUGGCACAAAAACAUUGCUCAGUUAAACAAUGCUUUUGUGCUGAUUUAGUUUAGUUCAAUGAAACACAAGAACUGGGCAAAAUAUUCAUUGAGAAAUGGCUGUAGUUUAUGUUCUCAAAAAACUGACCACCUGUUAAUAUAAUUCCCACACCUGAGAAAUCACAUGAGCACAUGCUGCCUUAUGCUGACUGUGACCAUUGGUACAUCUAGCCUGGUAUUGUCUGAUCUGAAUGGCAGCACCUCUUCAGAGGGUCUCAGGCUUUGCUGUCAAGCCUUUUGAGUGAAGAAUCUGAUAACUUAACAUGGGACCUCAUGCAUCCAUGUAUUCACCCAAAGUUUCAUUUGACAAUAACUUGCUUUUCCUGCCUCACCCCUGUCGCUGUUCUCUAACACGGAAACUGUUCUUAUUAGCAUUAACCUUGCCUCCGUUCUCUAGGUCAAGUAAACCGAUCAUGUUCUGAUCAGAAAACUGAUACUGUGGAGUUAACUAGCAAGUGUGAUGCAAAGGGCAAGUUCAACAGCAUUCUGUAGAAGCAGACACACACACACAAUCUGGAGCCAAUAGAAAAGAUCUCUCUCUGUGUCUUUAUUUAAAAUCAUUUUUGUUUGUAGGGGUGGAGUGGGUCUAACAGAGAAUAUUGGAACCCCUUUUCACCAUACCAGACAGUUGAAAAUACAAAAACACAUGCAGGCGUAAUGCUUUCUCUAAGCUAAUUGUGUAAAUUGUUCUCACUUGCUUGACAAUAGCAAUGUGCUGGAAAAGGGCUCUUGGGUGUCGUCUUCUCCGACUUGGUAGAAUGUCAUUGGCAUUGUAGAACCAUAUGUCUGUAUAUUCUCAAACACAGGGGUGACAUAAUACAGUUAUGAAAGAUUACUUCUGAUGUGUAGGCUUUCCCCACAAAUUCUGGCCACUGAUUCCCACUCUUCUAAGGGGCUCUGCUAGGGCAGCAUAGUUUGUACCCAUCUAUCCGUCCCAGCAUUCAAACUAUGAGGAAGCACUCUCACACUUUUUGUGAUACAUUCUCCCUACUGUCAGCAGUAUGAUUCCCAUGCAUGAUUUUUGUGCCUGCACUAGGGCUGCGCAUAAUACUUCCAUGUACAGGCUUUUCCUACUUUGAGAUUGCUCUUCUGGAAAAGUUGUGGUCCUCCAGAUGUUACUCCAGACGCUCAUACCCCACUGGAACAGAUAAUUCAUCCUUCUUUUCUUUUUGGAGUUAGGUAAAGAAAUUAUUUUGAGUAGCUGCCACACGUAUUCUGAUCUUGGCUCUCAGUUUGUGCAAAGCGUGGUUGUGCCUGAUAAACUUGAUGGGUAAUCAGGCGUUUUAACAAAUGGUGCAUAGUGCUUUAAAGCCCAAACCACCAGUUGACAACCACAAUACCAGAGAGUAGAUUCUUGACCCGGAUGCAAAAAGAUAGUUGUGUAAGUAUUAGGUGGACCUCUACUGAAAAGACUCUCGGUCCAGUCACCCUCCAUUUUUCUACCAGAGGAGGCACUCAGAGAAGGGCCUCCAGUGGUGACCUAAUGGUCUGGGCAGGCUCAUACAGGAAGAGAUGCUCCCUAAGGAUGAAAGUUAUCCAAUAGAAGCUGCUGGAUUGUGUCUUUAAAGAUUUGGUCCUGCACAUCUGUUUGGAAUUAUUUUAUGAAGUUAUGUAGUCCCUUCUGGUGUUCCUCAGUUGAGUCUGCUUAGAGCAGGCAUGGCCAAACUUGGCCUUCCAGAUGUUUUGGGACUACAACUUCCAUCACCCCCAGCUAACAGGACCAGUGGUCAGGGAUGAUGGGAAUUGUAGUCCCAAAACACCUGGAGGGUCAAGUUUGGCCAUGUCUGGCUUAGAGGUUCCUCUAAAACGCAGUACUGGAGAGUUGCCUCUUAGCCUCUCCUGUGUAGCACAACUUGCUCAUCAUGAUGUCAGCUCCUCCUUUGUUGGCUACUUUAAUUAUGAUGUCAGCACUGCUUCUGAGCCUGUGGAUGGCUUUAUAUGCUGCAUGGCUGAGCCUCUGAAUAUCAGAAAGGCAAUAUGCAUUUCCAAUAUACUCUUCUCCCUCCCAUGAAGGAAACAAAAUACUUCAGUGCUGUCUAUGGACCUCUUACCACUUCAGGUGCUUUAUAGCAUGUUUCCAGAAUGUACCAUACACAGUAUUCCCCCAACAGAGAAAACCACCAGCUUUGUAUCUUAAGACAAUUCCAAGCUAAAAUAUGUCAAGGUGGUGUUCCCAUGCGAAGAAAUCCAUAGUCAGCAUAAUAAAUCUCCCAGUUUGCAAGUGGGGUGCUGCUUUUCAGUUCAUUCUACAUUUACUCAAAAUUGGAAGACCGACUGAGUUCAGUGGGGCUUGCACCCAGGUAUGUAUGUCCAGGUCACUUCAUUGCAAACAGGCUUGCACUGGAGUAUUUCCCCCUUUCUAUUUUCUAAUGGGUGGAGUGGAAUACUACACAACAUCCUGAAAUGAAAAAGUGGGCUGUGAAUUGUCAAAAUAAAUCUAAAGAGCAAAAUCAAUUCUUGCCUUUGUUUCAGUGGUCUUGCCAUGGAAGGAAGCGAAGCGACGUCAAGCUGCCAGUCUGGAGAAAGCAGCUUGCUGGACAUACCAUGUGUCAUAAGUGCAGAAAGUUUUCUGCUGAAUCCCAGAACUGGGAGAAGUGAUGAGAUUCUCAGUCCUGCUGGCACAUUUGUUUCUCCGGCAUCCACAGAAGUUGACACAGGUACAGGACCGUCACUGAUAUUACUCUCAUUGGCACUUAUGUUCCCCUUCCCCUGCCCAGAAUAGCCAGGUAGAGAAAAAGACACACUAGGCACAUUUUCCUGAUACUAGGCAGCUGUUUGCUUGAAUAUGAAUGAUUUGUUUGCGUUUCAAAGAGUUGGGAUCAUGACACCUUUUCAUUCAAGUUUAGAAUUAAGAACAUAGGAAGCUGCCUUAUACCAAAUUGGACCAUCAGUCCAUCUUAGCAUUUUCUUCAGUGACUGUUAAGGGUAUCGGGUGGUUGCUCGAGAGCGAUCUGGCAAGGUCCCUCACUGGUCUUUUCAAAGGCUUUAUUAUUGGUGCAAAACAUUUACAAUGCAGAACGCCUCUAUUCCAUGUCUUGCUCACUCACUAGCAGAAUCUGAGAGUGGGCGGUCCUUAAACUUUCCCCAGCAGAGUAGUUUCUUGACCCCCAGCCAACGCCUCCCCUCUCUGCGUGAAAGGCUACUGCGCAAGGACGGCUUGGGUAAAGGGGGACCUCCCUCCUCCCCGCUUUGCUCAGGCAAGGUGUCCUGGCACCGCCUUGCAUCCCCUGAGCCCUGCAUCUCCUCCCCACUAGAGGCGUGGCUUCCUUCCUCUGCUGAGGAAGUGCUGCUUCCCACGAUCUUUGGGGGCUCUCUGUAAUCCAUCCGCCUUUUCCCCUCUCGCCCCUGAGCCGAUGGCAGUUCCCUGACAGUGACUUGCAGUGUUCGCUCCAGGGUUGGAGACGGGGGCAUUCCCAGCCAUGCCACUGAGCUGUGGUUCUUCCCCAUAGGGGUAAUUGUCACACGGCAGUGCUGGCUUAAAGUUAUAUUUGUGCCACAAAGUUCUGGGUCAAGUUGAUUUGGCGACUUGCCUUGCUGAGUCAUUCAUUCCCUGCUUCGUGUCUGGCAAAGGUGACUUACUGCAAUCUCUUGUGCUAUCUCAUUCAAUUGUUCUCUCUUCCUGGGCAGAGGACUAUUUUGGUGGACAGAGGACCGAGUUUAAUAUGAAUCGAUGAGAUCAUGUCUGCAGUUUCAAAAUAAGCUUUAAGAUGAAAAAUUUUGGUUGGAAAUAGAAGUACAAACCAUGGCACAAAACUCAGGGUUUUUGGGUUUUUUUUUUAAAAGGAAACUCUCUUCCUGCUUCCUGACUGAAGCCAUUCAGUCUGUGUAUAAGUAGAAGAGCACCCAAUAGGGAGUUGUCCACUUCCCUCUGGAGUAAACCAACAAUUAGCCUUUCUAUUUGUAGUAGCACACCCCACGUCACAAACACCUACCAAGGAUACAUGGUGGGAGGGUGGGGUGGGGGAACCUGCUUGGGGGCUUGGAAAGGGUUUUCUAGUAGCUCCUAAUAGGGAAACAUAGCAUCUCAAAAUAGGGUUGUCAUGUGGCCGUUGUUGUAGUUACAAGAAAGCAACUAGGCUAGUCUGAAAUCCUUCUGAAAUUUCUCAGUGCAGGUGGAAUCCAGUCACAUGGUCGGAAACACAAGUAUAGUGGGGACAGACUGCCCUACGUCCCUUGAAGUGAAUGUUAUUUUUGCCCACCAAAAUACUGUCAAGCAGAAAUCCUCAAACUCAGCUCUCUUGUGUUGUGGGCAGUAGAUGCCCCAGCUCUGUUACUUCACAUCCCGUAACUAGAAAGGUCAUGUUGGGAUCUGGCAUCCUAUGCAUAUGGGAUUAUGACACCUUCCUUGUAGUCAUGCCAGCAUUACUCUCACAAGCCAUGCCCAUUUCUGGAAUACUCUGUGUGUGUUUUCUUUUAAACUGGUCUAAAACGUAUUCUGCUCCAGUUUGACAGACAGAUACACCUGCUACAGUGCUGCAUAUUUGGUGUAUUUGGUCUUGGAGUAGUUUGAGUAUAUUGCUGCCUGCUUUCUGUUUUCUGCUUUCUCUUUAUUCUACAGUGCAGGGGCAGAGAUAGACUUUGGCAUCUCACUAUGUUGCAUCAUGUGAUGCUGUCUGAGAUCACGUUGUGAUCCGCCAUUUGUACUUCCUCUCUGACAUGUUUACACAGGCGGUUAAAAUGGCAUAAUUGCCCUCUGCCUCUUAGAGUCAUAAGGGUGUGUGAGUGUGUGUGUUUUUUGUUUAUUACCUUAGAUUAGACCAGGAUAAGCUAUCCUUGUCUGUCAGAAGUUAAAUUCCUUUUGCGCUUGCGUAUCAUAGACGUCAUGUCAACUUCUGGUUUCUGGCUCCAUCCACAUACUAAUUUAGAUGGGGAAACUAGUGGCAGGCAGAAGGUUGAACCCCUUUUCUGCCACCACUUGCUGCUAUAAUCCAGUUUAGAUUUCUGCUCCCUGCAAGCUCCCACUGUUUAAGUAAAACUUAAAAAACAAAAUAUCAUGUGUCGUUUGACCCUUGAGAGUGGAUAGGUAGUAUUUGCUAUGGGGUAAUUUAAAUAUCCAGCUAUUGCGAUCAGCUAGAGAUAAUGGGAUGGGUCAGAUUUUUGCUCUAUCCUGUCAGAAUUGUAAUAAAACUGCCUCAUAGUUUUAGGACUACUAGCCAGUAGAAACCUACAGAGGGCAAAUAAACAAAGUAUUGGCUAUUUCCCCCUUUCUUGAAGAGGUGAUAUUAAAUUGUCAGAUUAGUUAACCUCUGUUGUGAGGUUUUUAUACUGUUUUCCAUUUGGGUGAUUCAGGAAAGAGAGGAACUUAUCACAGAUUUUAUGUUCAACUUAAUUUCUGAUGAUUUCAGCUUUAUUGGUGGUGUGCGUUUUAAAACAAUGCAUAGUUUUGCUGUGUGUUCUUUGCUAAACUGUCUUCUUUACUAAACUGACAGCCCCAUUCCAUGUCUGAUUAUGCAGAAGAAAGUCCUGCUGAAGCCAAUUCCCAAGUAAGAGCACCUAGGAUUGUGGCCUAAUGGUUUACUUGAAAGUAACUCCUACUGUGUUCAGGGGGACAACUCCCCAGUAAGUGUGUUUAUGAGUGCAGUCUGAGUACCCUAAAAAUUAGGUGCCACUUUCCCCCCUAAAUAAUAUUCUGUAAUAUUUAGUUUUCUGAUUUCAAAUGUAAAGCAAAAACGAGCCAUGCCUAUAUUGGUGAGAAACACAUGCUGGUCACUGCUUCCAUUUCCACUAGAGGGCUGCCAAAGUAGGGUUUUUGCAAUAACCUGAUUUUUUUUUUUCAUACUUUGGUGUGGGAAGACCCAAUUUAUACACCUUAUCAUAAGGUACUGCUCUGCAUCUCAUGCUUCCUAAACUGUUGGUUUCCAGAUGCAACACUACCCUUGCUUUAUAUUUAAAAAAUACAGAUGAGGGAUAAAGGUAAGGUAAAGGGACCCCUGACCAUUAGGUCCAGUCGUGACCGACUCUGGGGUUGCGGCGCUCAUCUCACUUUAUUGGCCGAGGGAGCCGUUUACCUUCCCGCCAGAGCGGUACCUAUUUAUCUACUUGCACUUUGACGUGCUUUCGAACUGCUAGGUUGGCAGGAGCAGGGACUGAACAACGGGAGCGCACCCCAUCAUGGGGAUUCGAACCACUGACCUUCUGAUCGGCAAGUCCUAGGCUCUAUGGUUUAACCCACAGCGCCACCCACGUCCCUUCUACAAAAAUACUUACUUUUAAAAAUGGAAAUCUGGGUAUUAUAGUUCAUUCAGGGCAGGGGAUGGAUUCCCCCUCUUCACUCCCAAGGUCAUAGAGACGUUAGUGCUCAUAAUGAGCAGCCAAUGUUGACAUUUGAAGUGAGAAACUGUUCUCACUUGAAAAUGCACAUGUGAAUUGGGCUUAUUAAAAUAAUUAAUGGAGAUUAAUACCAUCACAGCUUUUGAGUUCUUGAUGUGUCUUUGAAAAAGUGGAAGCCUUGUUCAUCAUAAUAGUGGGGAAAGGGCAGGCAAGUCUUGUAAGCUUCCUUCAGGAUCGUUCAGUGUGGCUGCCUCUCUGACAUCUCCAGCGGCUCCAUUUCCCUUUCCCCAUUCACACAGUCUUAAAACGUCCUCUCAUAUGUAAUGAGGUGCUUCUUCCUUUUACUCCUUUAUACACCAUUAUUUCUCAAAGUUUGGAGUCAACCCCACAAUAGUGAGGACUAGAAUCUUACCAUGGCGGAGUAGGAUGAGAGCCACAUGGCAGGCAGCUGCAGUGCUACAGCUUCUAAAAGGAGCUGUUUCUAGCUGAAUAGCAUAAAAGGUAAAGUUAAAGGGACCCCUGACCAUUAGGACCAGACAUGGCCGACUCUGGGGUUGCGGCGCUCAUCUCGCUUUAUUGGCCGAGGGAGCCGGCAAACAGCUUCCGGGUCAUGUGGCCAGCAUGACUCUGCCGAACCUGAGCAUCGCACGGAAAUGCCGAUUACCUUCCCGCCGGAGCAGUACCUAUUUAUCUACUUGCACUUUGACAUGCAUUCGAACUGCUAGGUUGGCAGGAGCAGCGACCAAGCAGCGGGAGUGCACCCUGUUGCGGGGAUUUGAACCACCGACCUUCUGAUCAGCAAGUCCUAGGCUCUGUGGUUUAACCCACAGCACCACCCGCAUCCCUAGCUGAAUAGCAUAGGCUGGAACUAAAACCUCAAUCCUUGAGACAUAUAUUUAAAGGUCAGGGAUUCAAAUGUUCCUUAAAUAAGGGAAUAUGUGCAUGAUUGGUAAGGGAAAGAAUUCCUCACCACCACAAGUUUGCUUUUAUCCAUUUGUGCAGCAAGAUGUUCCCAUUGUGGUUCAGCUUCAUAAGUUUUUAUUUCAUUUUUUUCUGUUUAAUUUCAUCCCACAGGCCCGAAAGCAUAUUUGCUUCUGGAGGACAAAGCCAUGCAUUAGCAGUUAGGUUAUAUUGGAAAAGGCUUUAAAUGGAAAAGUCUUGGUGCUUUGGGUUGUAAUCGUUUAGUGUAAAAUGGCCAUGGACUCCUGUGGUACUUAACAGAGUAGACAGCACUUCAAGUGGCAAAACAGGACGUGCUGCUCAUAAGUGGAGCUGCCUCGUUCGGUGGGUUUUGUGACCCAUCACUGCUGCAAAACUUAUUCAUAAACCAGCCUGGCCGGAGUAGACAAGACUGAGCCAGAUGGACAGAGGAUUUGACUUACCUUCAAACACUUACCUUUGACUCCCUUGACUCUGUGCCCAGGACAAGAACCAGAGCUAGCAGAUAAAUUGCUUGCCUUUCCCAUAUUCACUUUCAAACUUAAUUACAGUUAGGCAGCUUAGGUUUCAUUUUCUCGAGAGUGCUUUUGAGACGGUUAGAAAACGUCUUUCUUAAGCCGUAGACAUUCUAGGUUGCUCUCUCCACACCCCCACCCCACUGCCACCCUUGGGAUCUAAUUUGAGCUGGAAUUUAAAAGAAGCACCAUAGUUUAGUUCACAAGAUUAGAAUCUGAAGAUGAACACAGGAUGUUCUUGCGGGGGAGGAAAUCUCACCGAUACCUGUGUUGGUUCCUUUCCCAAGCGCGGUAUCUUAUCCUUCAGGAGGACUGAACUUUAUAUAUUGCUGUGGGCAAGAGUGGAAAUACAGAGAGCAGAGAAGCAAAACAGGAAAUUAAAUUCUAAUCUAUAAAGCUAAGCCCAUGUCAAAUGUCAUUCUGUUGUAGCAGAAGCCGUAUGCUUUAUUGUAACAUUUCCAAAGCAAAAUAAAUCCAAAGCCUAGCAGGUAGUAUGGGUUGCAAGGGACGUGCACGGAUGUCAUGCUCUUGCUAUCUUUUGCCCCUGCUAAUGAUAUGUUGGCCUUUUUCUGAGGUUUGAGAGAGGAUAUACAGUAUUUGUAUUUGUUCGCUCUAACUAGAGGUACAUGAAUCCUCUCAUUUACUGUUGGUAACUUUAUAGGGUAGCUAAAACCCAGAUACUUUGAUUGAAAUGCAUAUUUUUUAAAAGGAUAAGUGCACAUACAUCUAAUGAAGUAGGUUUACCCCCUCCCCAAACCCCCUCAUUAACAAGUGUCACAGUAAACAAAAUACCAUAAAUGAAGUGGCACAAUGAAAUAGGGCACACACUCUUUUAAACUAUUGUAUAGACAUGGGUGGAGACUCUGUGGUCCUCCAAAUGUUGCUGGACUACAACUCUCAUCAUCCCUGACCUUUGGCCAUUCUAGCAGAGGAUGAUGGGAGUUGGAGUCCAACGGCAUCUGGGAGAGUCACAGGUUCGCCACACUUACUUCUUUCGUCAGAUUUAUAAACCGCUUGAUUGUAAAAACAACAACCACCCAACAACCUCAAAGUGGUUCAUGUAGAAGCACACACACAAGUCUCAGUAGACUUGCAUUUGCAACAACACAUUUCUCAAAUAUGUAGCGUUUGGUUGUCUCGUUAACGAACAUCACUAGGAAUUUGAAUUCCUCUGACUCUUGAUUUAAAAAGUGAGCUUUCUGGCCCUUCAAAAAUAAAUUUAGAAGCAUGCUUGUGGCAUUGAUAAAUAUUUGUCAGGGCUGCUGGAGGUUGCUUUCCCACAAUAGGUUAAGGAAUGAUGUUCGGAUCAGUGCUCACUCCCAUCCCUGGGAGCCAGUCAUGAGCCAAGAGGCAAGUGGGUGGCUUAAUGCAUUUGUCAGAAGCAGAGCACGUGGCAGGGUAGAGAGAAAGUGGUCUGGAAGGGCUCUCUUGCUGAGAUACAAGUUGCUCAGACUGAAGAGCAGGCCUUGCAGGUGUGGCUUUAUAGGACCGGGUUCUCUUGAUUCAUGUGACUGGGUGCUAAGUCAGGUGGCAGCAUUUAUUAUAACCACCCAGGUGGCAUUUCUGGAUAGCAGAGUUCAGUCUGCUGUUCUUUCAGCAGAGAUUCUACCUAGUGGCACAGGAAGUUACCUGCUGGAGCCAGGCUGGCAAAACUCCUGGUUUAAGACCUCCUUGCACCCUAUGAUGGAUCUAGUGAACAUAGCUUUCAAUACCUUUUGUCACCCAUUCUCUUGACACUAUUCUAAAAUUCUCCAACCUGUUCUGAUACACUUAUUGCCAAAACAGGAGUCAGUAGAGUCUUUUGUUUUAAACAUGGGGCUUUGGGCAUCCUAAGAACCUUUCUUGUUAUAAGGAAUCUGCGAAUUCAGUAACAGGCAGCUUAUGUGUGUACUACUUCUGUUAAUUAAAGAUUGGCCUCAUUUUGGUCGGAUUGUUUUGAUCAGAUUCCCUGUGGACAGGCAGGUGGUUGCUGUGCUUGCAUGUUAGAGAGAGGUCAAGAUCUGAGUUGGUGCUGGGUUCAUCCAGAUGAUUGACAGUGAUGGUGUGUGGGGACUUGCUAGUUCAGGGGGGCAGGUUCUAUUGACCAGUCUGCACCAGCAUGCUGCUCAUUGACUCUAAAUUAAUACAUUAUUUAUUGUUUUAUUUAUUAAAUUUGUAUGUCGUGCGUAUGAACCGAUGCUGCUGAGGUGGUCAACAUGGGUCUGGCUGCAUUACUUGCAGGCAGGGGCACAUGUAACUGAACAUACAUCAUGCAAAAAGAUGCCAUUCCCCCACCUCGCAAAACUAGCAUGUCAGGAAGAAGACUAGAUGAGAACCUUACUUCACAAGCUAUUUUUCUCUGUGGAGGGAACUUUUCAUUUGGAGGGGCAUUCAGUCUUGUGAGCAAUCUGAAAUAGUGCAGCUCAGAUUUGGUUUAUCACCUCUAUGAUAACUAGGCAUAUUCCAGAGGUGAGGCAGCUGCUAGUACAUUCAUUCUGGUGGUGUUUGAAGUGUUUUCUCCUCCCAGUUAUGGGACCAAACAUUUCCCUCCUUUCUGAGCCCAGGAGAGGUGAAAACACUUCUCAGGUGCUUCACAGCAGAGUUGAUACUCAUGAAGCUAGGCUGCUUUGUCGAUGCUGCUUGAUUUUGGCAUUGGAUUCAGUUGUCAGCUCACACAAAGAUGCCAGAUUUAUUUUCUGAAUAAAGAUGCUGUGCCAGCGAUGCAUAUAGCCUGUCGCAGAUUGAUUGUCUUGUAGGCUUCACGAAAAAUGAGCAGCUCCGCUGCAUGAUGAUUUGCUGUUUCAGGUUUCAGUGAGUUAAAACCCCAGUAGAACAGUUGCUGUACAGUAGCUGUAAGGCUGUAUUACUCUAGAGCUCGUACUGUGGUUGAAUUAGUACGAGGACCACGCAGAAGUGCAUAAACAGCCUAGGAGGCACCCUUUAAUCAUUAUAAUGUGAUAGCAAUAGAGUGGGGAUGUGAUGGUGCGGAAUUUGUAUUGUGUUGACUCUAUAGGUCCUAAGACCCUCCUGCAUGUUUUAUGCAUGCAGUCUAGAGAGAUAGUUAACAGGGGGAUCCAUCAGAUAGAUGAUGCACUGUAACUCCUCUCAACCCCAGCAAGUAUGACCAAUGUUCAGGGAUGAUGAAAGUUGAGUAAGAGCAGUCAACACAGGGCCUUACUCUACAUCAAUCAGCCUGUCUCAACUGUUGGUCCCUAAUGUUGUUGAACUACAACUUCCAUCAUCCAUAGCCAGCAGGUGCGGCAGUCAGGGAUGAUGGGAGUGGUAGUUCAACAACAUAUGGGAACCCCUGGUCGAGAAAGGCUGCUCUAGACCAACAAAUCCCAUCAUCCCUGGCUGUGGUUGCUGAAGGUGAUAGGUGUUAGAGUCUGUCAGGGACUAGCAGCACGCUGACAAGUGAGCACAGGGUGAAGUGGGGCUGGAGUUGGACUCAGGAGAGGGGGCCAGUGAUUUGUGGAGAACUCUACCAGCAAGGAGGCAAGAGCUGGAGGCAGGGAAAGCUUCCGAGCUGGAGGGUGGAACACAGCACAGGUGUGGAAGAGGAAGAAGAAGCAGGUCGAGCAACAGAAGGGCUCUCCCUGCACCACUGUCUCGCAGAAUGAAAGGGAGUUGAAGAGGAAAGAGCAGAGGAAGGUUCCACGCAGGUGUAGUCUCUGGCUGUGUGUGCACAGCUCAUCUGGAGAAGGUACAGAAACUGGUGAAGGGGGGAGUGACCCCUUGUUCUUGCAACUGCUUCAUAGAGUGCAGACCUGCAGAAUAGAUACUAGACUGGUGUUGGUGAAUAUUUGGAGCUAUAGAAAUGACUGUAAGUGUCCACUUUGACAAUGAAGAAUUCUCUAUCUGUCAUGUGUGCUCCUUUGGCUGGUGAGCACCCUUGACACACUCCAACAACAACUGGAGGGCACCAUGUUGGCUAUCCUGGUCUACAGUUUCCUCAUGUAUGGGGAAGAUAUUUAAAAUGUGAAGGGAGUGCUGUUUUCCCAAGGCCAAUCCAACACAGCCACAGGCCACGGAAGCCUAGCUCCAACAGUGUGGUCCAAGUGUGGUAUCUGGUGGGUGGCUUCCUAAGUCCUAGAUGCCAGUGGAAAUAGAGAAGGACUCUGGAUCCCACCACAGGGUUUACACACAAAGGUAGCUGACACUCAAAAUACAGUGGUGCCCCGCAAGACAAAUGCCUCGCAAGACGAAAAACUCGCUAGACGAAAGGGUUUUGCGGUUUUUGAGCUGCUUCGCAAGACGAAUUUCCCUAUGGGCUUGCUUCGCAAGACGAAAACGUCUUGCGUUUUUUGCAAGUUUGUUUCCUUUUUCUUAACACCAUUAAUACAGUUGCGGCUCGAGGAGCAACUCAUAGAACGCGGUGUGGUAGCCUUUUUUGAGGUUUUUUGCGAUUUUUGAAGCUUUUCCAAAACUUUUCCGACACCGUGCUUCGCAAGACGAAAAAUUCGCUAGACGAAAAAACUCGCGGAACGAAUUAAUUUCGUCUUGUGAGGCACCACUGUAUAUUCAUCAGGCACAGAGCUCCCAGGAGUCUGGCUGUCAGAGGUAUUUCACAUUCAUUUCCCAGCUACAAACACGGUGUGAGUGUUUUGAAGAUGCAAGAAACAGACAUAUGUCCCUCUUGCCUUAGUUCAUCUUCUAGAUGGAAAUAAUUCUCUGGCUUCUGAGUUAGUUCUUAAGAUCACCUAUCUGGGAGGUGAGAAACUGUUGAUGCUCUUAAAUAAAUGAAGUGCAGAUUAUCUGAGGGCCAUAAAAUAGUCUGCAAUUCUGCAUACAUUUCUAACCGAACAGAACUCUGGCUUCCCCUGCUUGGAGUUGUGUACCUGGAGCUUAAAAAUGCAGUGGGGUCAAGAGCAGAACAAUCUGUGCCUUGCUUACUUCAUUUUCCCUUUUGUUUUGCCUGACUGUUGCCUUCUCAAGUAAGGAAUCAUUUUCUGGGUGUAUAUUUUGAAAUGCUCCUCUGAUCUCUGUUCCUCAAGAGAACAUUUCAAGCUCUUAGAUUUUGUACCUGCCAAAAAACGGAACUGCGAAAGGUCUGCUUCUCUUCCUUGCUGGGUUGGCAAGUUGAGAAGGAUUUGGCAAUUAGUGUUCUUCACCCACUGGCUAACAUGUACUGCCACGUCUCCUUGGAUUCCGCAUGUCCAUGAUUUCAGUCUUUUCAAAUCUGGUUCUGAAGGGCAUGUUUUCCUUCUCAGUUUUCAUGCUAUAUCAUUAUCUUGUGGAUUUGUCUGUGCUUGGAGCUCUUAAUCAUUACCAGUCCUUUAUGUGGAGGGAACUUUGAGCUACAUGUAGUUCAGCCUUUGCCAAUCUGGUGCCCAUUGGAUGUUUUGGAUUACAAUUCCCAUCAGCUUCAGCCAGUACAACUGUCUGAUGAUGGGGCUAAUGGGAGCAUGGUUAUGUUGGGUGAGUGGGAAUUUGAUGGGAUUUGUAUUCCAAAACACCUGGAGGGCACCAGGGUAACAAAGGCUGGUGUUGCUAAUCUUCUUCUUAGCUCUUUGCUUUUGCAUUUUGAGUUUGGACGUCUUAUAUUACAAUCUUCUUUACACAGAGUCUUCAUUUGCUAGACUGCAAUAUAUUGGGAAAUACUUGGAACAGCUCCUGUUGCUUUUCUGCCCAAAGAUUUGCUCCUCUCUAGGAAAAGGAAAAGGGUGUUUGGGGGAAUUUGAGUGAGUGGAGAUGCUAUAGGGACAGAGCCGUCUUUCCCAUGGGUCUUAGUGUGGUGUAGUGGUUAAGAGCAGUAGAUUCGUAAUCUGGGGAACCAGGUUCGUGUCUCCGCUCCUCCACAUGCAGCUGCUGGGUGACCUUGGGCUAGUCAUACUUCUCUGAAGUCUCUCAGCCCCACUCACCUCACAGAGUGUUUGUUGUGGGGGAGGAAGGGAAAGCAGAAUGUUAGCCGCUUUGAGACUACUUUGGGUAGUGAUAAAGCGGGAUAUCAAAUCCAAACUCUUCUUCUUCAGUGUGCCAGGGCGCCGGCCUCUCAGGGCGUCCUAGUGAACGGGGGAGCUGCAUAGCUUUGCCGGCAGCCUCCCCUUUCCCUGCAUGCCCGCCAGCUGCACCCCACCAACUGUAUGCCUGGUGGUCAUGCAGCUUCCUUCCUAAGUCUCUGCAGGAGGAAAGCGAUCCCCGCAGAGGCUUAGGAUGGAAGCUGCACGCCUCUGCAUCUGCUAAAGACGGGGUUGUUGUCCUCCUCCUGCUUCCUGGCGAAAGGCGGCGCGCAGCCUUCCCGGGCUGCCUUCUUGGGCGUCCCAAUGCCGGAGAGCAUGUCCGCCAACACGUUUUCCUGCUUGAUUGCCGCCACCACGCCGAGGAUCGAAGCGGUGGGGGAAGCAGAGGACAUUUCCCACCACCCCAUCCCUUGUUUUGGAGUUGCCGGGGGGGGCACUGGAGGGAUCUUUGCAUCACGGCGCCGGAUAUGCUUAAGAUGGCCCUGUAUAGGGAUUCAUUCAGACAUUUGCAACAAGAAGUUGAAAUGCACUGGACUUAUUAAGAGUUAUUUUCCACACUAAAUCAACCUUUGUAUUGCCUUGUUGAUCUUUUCUGCUUUUAUUUCUUUCUCUUAUGAUGCUCCAUGGUGGUUGAGUGCAACCCUCUUGCUGGAUUAUCCUACAAGAGAUCUUGUUUGUGCAGGUGACUGUAAAGUCUGAACAGAGAGAGCUUAAACAGGUCCCACUGCAAGGCAUAACAUUUCUCAGUUGCAAUAUUGGUACAUGAUUGCUCAGGUUCUAUAUUGGCAGUGACUCCAGUGCAAAGGGUGUGUGGUGUGUCUUUGUUGUUGCUGUUCUGGUCCCCUGCCUUGUAGCUAUCCUGCUCUGGUUCUGUGCCUGCAGGAUGAGGCAGUUUGGUUGUCACAGCACCACAGAGAGCUCCUAUUGAUCAACUUGCUCCAACAUGGGUUGAAAGUGAACUACGUUUUUCUUCAGUCCACCGCUCCUGUGCUCUGCCCCAAGGGUAGCCAACAUGGUGCCCUCCGGUAUGUUGUCAGAGUUCAGCUCCCAUUCUCCCUCACCAUUGGAGUUGCUGAGAGUUGUAGUCUAGCAACUUUUGGAGGGCACUGCAUCCGCCCCCUUUGUUGGAGAGCUACAGAUUCUUUAAGGGCCAGUUGCCUGGCCUGAAGAUUCACACUUCUGCUGUUGUCGGUGGCCUUCCACCUAGUCUGUGACAUUUAGGCUGGUGAGCUAGUUAUGGGAGGCCUUGGGCCCACAGGAAGGAUCCUGUAGGAGUCUCUGUUCUGGCUCUAUGGACCAUGGAAUUCUAGGAUCAGUCCCAGCAGCUUCCUACUUUCAGUGGGUCCCUGGUCAGCAACAUCAGGCUCACAGCCAGGAACCUGAUCUGGUUGUUCAGCUGGUGGCAUUGCAGCCUCCAUUUAUUGUUCACUGCUGGGCUUCCACAGUCAUGACAGCUCUGCAGUAGUUUUUGCACUGAAAGUGAGUACACGAUCAGGCUUUGUUUUGAAGGAUGCCACAGCUGACAGGACCUGAAAAUAUGCAAAUAACCAGGCACACGGUGAAGCUGUUGUUGCAUGGGAAAACUUGUUGGGUGACCUUUGGCUGGUUGCAGUCUCUCACAACCUGACCUGCCACAGCAUUGUUGUGAGGCUUAAACAGGGAGGGAGAGAACCAUGUGGCCACCUUGAGCUCCUUGGAGGAAAGAUGGGGUAUAAAUGUAAUAAAUAAGUAAGUAAAUAAAAAAUGGGGUCAUGUGAACCCACCCUCCAAACGUACUAGAAACUUGUGAAUUUUUUAUGCAGCUUCUCACCAUGCAAAUGCCUACUUAAUUUGAUCCCUUUCACUUUGGGAAACAGGAAUCUGUUCAUCUGUUUCCUUUAAUAUUUUAUGCCCAAACCAUGUGAGGAAGAGGAAAUGAAAAUGUUUCCAGAUAGCGAACUUUUAUUAAAGAAAAGGGAGAAAAAGGAACAACUAGCGAUGUGUAACUGUGUGGGAUACGUAGCAACAGCGAGCCACCCUGCCUUACAAAAAUAAAUCUCAACUGAUACGGAAAGUUUAAUUAAAUUUAGCAUUCUGCCUGAGCAGGGCUUGUCUGGGGAUCUGUAAUUUUUGAUGCAUCUACCAUUGUGCAGAUGGUCUUUAUUAAAACAAGGGCAUAUUAAAUUUUUUGGGGGGGGGGAAGGAGACAGUGUCACGAUGUUGCUUACACAGGUACAUGUGCUGGAAACUAAUUACCUCUCUUAAAGAUAAGCGUGAUAAGAUGGGUUUGCUUGGCAUCUGUGGCAAAAGCAAUUAAAAGCUCUGCACUCCUUUUCUUUGUUUGUUUUAACAAUUACAAAUGACCUGGUUUUUUAAAGGACAAUUUAAUAUGCCUUGAUGUUUAUCACUGCCUAAAGUGUUUCUUGCUGGGUAGCCUGCUCUGACUAAUAUAAUUUACCUGCCUCUGUAAUGCAAUUUCUUUCAAUCACCUCCUUUCCUAUCCCUAGGCUGUUAAUGUUGGAAAACACACUAGUCUUUUCUAUUUUGUUGAGUGGUCAGGAGGUGGGGUGGAGGUGAGAGAGAAACAUGUUUUUGCGGUGGCUGUUUUUCACAUUAGUAGAGAGAUGCAGCUGCAUAGUUUUCACAGAAAGGCAAGGAGCUCUGGUUCCUAUAUUUCACACGAGGCACUGCUGAAGUAGCAGGAAACAGCUCUUCUUCCCUACACUGCACCCAUAACCCUCCCAUGUGAACUAGGACCGCUCUGGUUUAAUCGUCCAGCCAGCCACGUUGAGGGUCAGUUUGGAUUAUCCUUUCUCUCCCACCUUUUUGUAUGACCCCUGCUUACUGUUAAUAUGCCAUUUUAAGAUUAGGAAGCUACAGAACCCCGAAGGAAAGAAGGCAAACCAGACCUUUGGUUGUAAGCCUCCAAUUUACACCACAGUUUCCAGAACUCCUGGGUCAGCUUCCGGCUAGUGAUAGCUCUGCCUGAUCUACAAGAGGAGAGAUACCUCAGUGUGAUACAGAAUCUCAUUGGCUCAUUGGGUCUGUGGUCAUGGGCAGUGGUUGGGUGUUCCAAUUUGCUCCUUGUGUGCAACAAUGGCAGUAUUCAUUCUUGCCCCCCUCUUCCCUGCUCCCCAGCAUCUACCACCUGAGGCAGCCUCUCAUUCUGCCUAAUAUUAGGACUGGCCCAUCUCACUUUAGUUCUAGUGAUGGCUUUCCAAAAGCUGAGUUCAGAAAGUGAUGGAGGGUUUCUAACAUGUCCCUGUGGUUAAUAUGGAAACAGAGGCUAGGCCAUAAAUUCUCUGUUUUAUACUGUGGUGAUGAUUAGGUUGUUAAUGUGUCCGCAGGGAGUAAACCCCACCUUGUUUCCCCUGCUAAAUAACUUUUUAUUUAUUCACAGAAGCAUCUGUUCCUAAACUGUGCUCUUUUACCAGUUUAUAAUUGUGACAGAUGGGAUUGUAAAUAUGCUGUAUUAAAGAUAGUUAUGGAAAUGAAACUUGUUCAAUUAUUAAUUGCUACCUUUUUGACUAGGGUGAAUUUCAUGUAGGCAGUUUAGACUGGCAGGCAGUGUUCUGAUUGCUAAAGCCAUCCACCCUUUUAAAGACUCCUUAUUGUCAGCAUUCUGUGCAGGACAUUUCAACAAGGUGCGAGUGGCUUUCCUAAUUUACAAAGCCCUGUGUAGAUUAUUCAUCCCCUGGAAUGCCUCUUUUGAAGAAUUGGGAAAAUCCUCAUUUGCAUGGGACAUGGAAGCCUUUGUUGUGAAGAGGUGCCAAUGGUGGCUUCUCAAAAGCCCUCAUCCUGGAGCUACUUCCUUUGGCUUUCAUCAGAAGGGAACAAGAUCAUUUUUUUAAUAUAUCCUUUCCUAUUUAUGGCAGAAUUUUAGAUAAACAUACACAAUUCAGACUUGAUGGGCCUAUGUAAAUCAUGUUUUGUACUUUCGACUUCUACAUAUGCUGACUUUACACAUACUCUAGCCCAGAGAUUUACAAGGUUAGUGUGUCGGCAGCCGGUGGCUGGAAAGGGGUUAAUUUAACCUACGGUUUGCUCGUAAAACUGAAUUACUGUGUUGCAAAAUGCUGCAUGUCUAAAAGGUGUGUCACCAACAUGAAAAGUGUAGAAAGCUCUGCUCUGGCCUAUCUUCUAUAAUGGCCAGGUCAAAGACAGAUUAUGAAACAUGUCUCGUUUGCAAAUAUAAACACUGAAAAUAUUGUGUAUAUAAAACAUAUAGUAGAUAAAAGCCAGAAUCAAGGAUUAAAAAACAAACAAAACCCAAGCGAUAAAACAAAGGACAAAAAGAGCAAUAAAAAAUAAGUAAAAUUGUCAUCUUGUCAAGGUCCCUUUGUAGUGUGAAUCCUGACUUUUAAAUGGGCCUUUGAACUUCUAGCAAGUAUUCAGCCUUCUUCAUAGCACUAUAGUGGAACAAAGGCUGUUAACUUGGCUUAGUAUAGAUUUAAAGCAGGGCUUUCCAACCUUUCCAAGCCCAGAGUCACAUUUGGAAGAAGCUGUCGUGAGCGCUACCCAUUUCACAGAAAAACUGGUGAUGCUCGUGGUCCUUUGCAUUACGAAUACAUGCCAAAAGGUAAACAAAUUGGAAGCAUUGUGGAGUUGCUGUAAUAAUGCGUGAUCGACACACGCACAUACACACUGAGUGGUAUCCAACUAAACAUUUACACAAGCACAAUGAUGUUUACCUGCACAGUGUAACUUCCUUGCCCUCUCCUCUCCCUGUGUGAGCCCCACACACCUUAAGUCUGCUGCAGAUGGUUAGGGGAACCCCUGUGUAGCAGGUUUAAGGGGCGCACAGGAGAGGGAUGGGUGGGGAAGUUACAUUGUGCAGGUAAAAGUUGUUGUGCUAGUGUAACUGUUCACUUGGUCCUAUAGUGCAGUCAUUUGGUUUAAAUGUUAUAAUGUUGAAAGUUACUUGUUGUGUCUAUUGUUUUGUUAACCAAGUACAAAUAAAAGGUUAAAUACACAGACCCCGAGAUUAUAAUAGUUUAGUAGGCUAAGCCCACUCUUUAAAAGGAUAGGCACAUUUCAGUAUAUUGUGGUUCUUUUCUAGUCUAGCUGGGCUCUGAUUGGGCAAAAAGUGUCAAGUGUAUAGCUCCACAUUGACUAUUUCUAUUUUUUACUUUCUUUUACCACACACACAGUGAAUGUGUUUUUCCCAGAUAAAACUACUCAUUAUGGAUAGCAAUGACGACUGCUAAUUUUACUAGGGGUCAAAAACAGGCUACCAUUUUUAAUCCUUCCAGAUAGUCCCAAUGGUGCCAUUUUUUGGACCUGUGGACUAAGAAGAACAUUGUGGAGAAGCUUAUUAGAGUCUCCACCCUUGUAUCUUGUCAACUUAAUUGGCUCUGGGUGUUCAGGAUAAGUGCUUUUCAUCCCUAUGGCUUCAUUUAAGCAUGUCAAAUCCUUUUCAUUAUUCAAGAAGCUAUCUUUGAAGACAUUUGACUGUUUUCACGCCUUCAACAGCAAAGUGCACACAUACCUCCCAUCACCCCUUUCUGUUAAAAUAUUAGUCCAUGAAAAUAAUUUGACACCAUAAACUGUUGUAACUACCGAAUACGGGGGAAUUUAAGCCAAAAGAAUUCAGUUAGCCCCUUUCACCCAAGGUUGAAACAGGUGACUAGCUCUCAGUUCAUUUUCCUUGUUCCCAGCCAGUCAUGGAGAUGUAUGAUAUGGCGUGGCCCACAACUUAUUUUGGGAUGCAGAAGCACAUGGACAUCAGUUCCUUAUUCAGGAUGCUCAUACAACUCUUGAGUAAGGAACUGGGAGCCAGCAAUACAGUGUUGAGAGAUAGUAAUCAGCUUCAGCCUCAUCACUUUCACCCAUUUGGAAGCUCUGUAAGUCAAAUGUGCAAAGGGGGAGCAGGAUCUUGCUCAUUGUCCUUGUCACCACUGCAGUUCUUCAGCUCUGGGUGGACCAGGAGAUGUCUCCAACCUAGUGCCCUCCAGAAGUUUCCCAUCUCCUGGUAAUUGGUCAGAGAUGAUAGCAUUUGUGAUCCAAAACACAUUGAGGGCACCAGGUUAGGAAAGGCUGAUCUAGAGCAGUAGCCUUCAAUGGUUUUCUGACCUGGGACGCACUUUUAAUCCAAACAUGCAUUUGGGGGCCCAUUUCUCAACCUUUUAAACCAUAUCUUUGUGUAGUGGUAGUGCUGUUGUUGCAACCCACCUUAGGUCAGGAUGCUGACCCACCAUGCAGAUUCAGGAGCAUUCCAUUUUUUAAACUACGGUAUAGCAGCCUGUUGUGACAAUGGCUGAGUUUAGGUUGCAACAGGCCUACAAAUCCUACUUGGUGGCUGUACAGCUGCACAACACACACAAACUGUGGUGUGGAUUCUGGAACCUUAAAUUACUAUAAUGCUUUGUGAUAUCUGUGCUGUUGGAGAAAAGGAUAACUGGGAAAACAUGUGGCAUCAGUCUUCAGCCCUUCUUCCUAGUGUUACGUCUGCCCUGUUUAUGAGCAGUCUUAUUUUAAUAAAAUUUUGUGCCCAUAACCUGCUUCAGUAGAAUCUGCCAGCCAGUUAGCAUGCUUAAAACCUUUAAAGCGCAAACCCAAAAGGAUUAUCUGAAUAAACAAAUCUCAGUUUUUGUUUCAUUGUCUUACACUAUACAUUUUUAUCUGCUUCCUUUUUUCUUUCUUUCUGAUUUUACUUUACAUAUUUUUUCUUUAGUAGCAAGUUAUCCUUUCAGAGACUGAUUGGUAUCUAUGGUCCAAUUAUUUUUUAUGUUCUCAUCCUUUUUAGUCUGAAAAGAAGAAAAACUGCAUAAAUUUGCUUCAGUUCAGAAGACAGGAAAAAAAGCAACCCAGAGCCCUAUUAGCAGCUUGGGAGACAGAAAAUAAGAAUGAAAGUUAACAACUUAAUAAUGUUUUGAAAUAUGUUGGAAGAGUUGUCUCAAACUGGUCCUUUUUUUGAACAUUGAAGUUACUGUUCAGUCAUUUGUUCUGUUGGCAUCUGAGCAUGCACUAAGCAAGAAGAAAGUGUUUUGUGUGUGGUUUUUUAAGAGUGCAGAGCGAUAUAGGCUAGCCUAGGUGAUCAAAAGAAUUGCUGGAGGUCUCUGUGUGUAGAGGGGGAAAAGGAAGUAGAGUUCAAAGUAGAGAAGGAAGUAGAGUUCAAAGGAGCUAGCCAGCCUUUUGAGGGUCAGUAGCUUCAUCUGGAAUUUUGAGAAAGUCAUGUGGGCACCACUCAGAAAGUGGCUGCCACCAGGACAUGGAAUAGCACAAAAUGACUGCCAUGGGGGUGUGGCAUAGUACAAAAAUGGCUGCCGCAUACAAAAGAGCAGAAAACCAACAGUACUUUAUGAAAACCAUUGAAGACAUUUUUGUUUUGACAAAUCUUUCCAUCUAGAUGAAAAUGUGCCAACCUUGUUGUUGUUUAGUUGUUUAGUCGUGUCCGACUCUUCGUGACCCCAUGGACCAGAGCACGCCAGUCUUCCACUGCCUCCCGCAGUUUGGUCAAACUCAUGUCCGUAGCUUUGAGAACACUGUCCAACCAUCUCGUCCUCUGUCGUUCCCUUCUCCUUGUGCCCUCAAUCUUUCCCAACAUCAGGGUCUUUUCCAAGGAGUCUUCUCUUCUCAUGAGGUGGCCAAAGUAUUGGAGCCUCAGCUUCAGGAUCUGUCCUUCCAGUGAGCACUCAGGGCUGAUUUCCUUCAGAAUGGAUAGGUUUGAUCUUCUUGCAGUCCAUGGGCCUCUCAAGAGUCUCCUCCAACACCAUAAUUCAAAAGCAUCAAUUCUUUGGCGAUCAGCCUUCUUUAUGGUCCAGCUCUCACUUCCAUACAUCACUACUGGGAAAACCAUAGCUUUAACUGUACGGACCUUUGUUGACAAGGUGAUGUCUCUGUGCCCACCUUAAGUGUUCAUUUUUUACAGUUUUAAAAUUUAUAAACUUGUACUCGUUUUAACAUUACUUUAACUAAUUUUAAGGAUAUGUCUGUAAAUCACCUUGGGAUAUAUGUGUGGAAGGUGAUUCACAAAUCAACAAAUAGAUGACACCACAAAAUGGUGUAGGCAUAGAUUCCUGCCCCAUCAGCCCCCAUCAACAGGAAAAAGAUACCUACAUCAGAUACCACUUCACUUGCCCACAGAGAGAAGUGAUUCCCACUUUUCCUCUGUUCAGAAGAGUUGGAAGUGCGGGUAUUCAAUAAAUGGACAUAUUUAAGAGGACAUGUUCAGUGUAGGAGAGGCUGAGCCAAGGGAGGCAGUAGUGGGCACAGUGGUGCCCAUGGAUACCACACAGGCCCCCCUGAACACUUUUCCAAACACAUUUUAUUAGGAGGGAGGGAGAGCUGACUAGAAUUCUAGACAUGUCUACUCAGGAGUAAGUCCCAUUGAGUUUAGUGGGGUUAUCCGCAGCUAAGUGGGUAUAAGAUUGCAGCCUAAGCCCGAACAUUUUAUUUUUAAGCCAGCUUUAUUUAAGCCAUUUUAAGCUGCCUUUAAAAAUCACGAGAGAGCACAACAGCAAUAAAAUAAAUGUAAAAUGAUGCAGCAAAUGCACACGCCGAUUAAAAGCACACCAACAGACAUCUGAUCUGAGAACUAGCAAGAGGAAUACACCAUUCACUAAAAGAAACCUCGAGGAAACAAGAAGGUUUCCAGAGCUCUUCUAAAAGUGGGAAGAGAGUGGGGAUUUCCUUAGAGAGAUGGAGUCCCACAGCUGUGGCACCACCAAUGUUUUUCAGCAAAGCUCAGUUGGUUAGAGCAUGGUGCUGAUAACACCAAGGUUUGAUCCCCAUAUGGGACAGCUGAAUAUUCCUGCAAUGCAGGGGGUUGGACUAGGUGAUCCUCAGGGUCCCUUCCAACCCUACAGUUCUAUGAUUCUAUGAUUUUUCAAAGACCAGUUAUGGCACCACCACUGUCCCUGUUACCUGCCUAUCUGAUCUUAACUAAUGAUGGGCCAGAAAGCAGGGCAUCUGAAGUUCCUGGUGGGUUUUCAUGGGUAUAACUGAUCCUUUAAAUCACCUGAUCUCAAGCCAUUAUAUGGACUCUAAAGGUCAAGACCAACGCUUUAAACUGAGCUCAGAAAUGAACCGCUGACCAGCAUAUUUGAUGUAAGAUAAGUGUGAAAUGUUCUGACUACAGUGGUACCUCGGGUUACAUACGCUUCAGGUUACAUAAGCUUCAGGUUACAGACUUCGCUAACCCAGAAAGAUUACCUCGGGUUAAGAACUUUGCUUCAGGAUGAGAACAGAAAUCGCGCGGCAGCAGCGGGAGGCCCCAUUAGCUAAAGUAGUGCUCCAGGUUAAGAACAGUUUCAGAUUAAGAAUGGACCUCUGGAACAAAUUAACUACGUAACCAGAGGUACCACUGUAUCUUGUUCCUACAAUCAUCCUGCCAGCAAAACAUCUUUUACGGCAGGGAUGGAAAACUCUCCAGGUGUUGCUGGACUCCCAAUCAGCCAGCCAGCAUGGCCAGUGGUCAGAGAUGAUAGGAUCUGUAGUCUAGCAACAUUUCCAAGGGUAUAGGUUCCCCAGGCCUGUUUUAAAGGCAGAACUACAUAGAUUGUGUAUAGUCAUCCAGUCCAGAUGUCUCCAGUGCAGGAGUCAUGGAGGCAGGUGUUUGCUAAACACAUAGCCCAGAAGCACAGGCUGUCCUAAUCAUCUUUCACGCUGGCUAUAUUUUGCAUCGGAUUCUAGCUGUGCCAUGUUACACAACAUGGCCCAUUUGUAAAUAUGUGGAGCUGCUUCACAUGCCAGUUUGUGGCACCAGAUUGCUUACUUGUCAAGCUGCCAAAGGAUCUUGCAUAACGCUGUUACAGAAUGGCACAGAGGUAGAGGAGGGUGCAGACCGAAAGGUGGACAGCGCUGCAGCUGGCACAGAAGAAAGGAUCUCUGUUGAUUACAUGCCUAGAAGUGAUUUAGGCUUUCAUAUUCAGUUGCCACUUCAUAGAAUCCUAGUUUUGUAGAGUUGAAAGAGCUCUUACGUAUCAGAGAAUUUUUCAGGCGUACAUUCACAAAUUCAAAACUGAGUUGAGUUGUUCACAACCACCUGCUUUGAUCCUAUUCCAGAGAUGGGGAUACAACUGUAGACCCCACCCUCUUCCCAGGCCUCCCUAUCUAGUCCUCAGGACUUUCCCCAGACACCCCCCCCCCCGCUUUGCACCUUCCUGAAGUGUCUUUUUCUGGCCAUAAAUCAUCAAACUCUGAGAAUGUCUCUUGCUUGCAUGUAUAGAGGUGUGUGAGUGCGCACAGAAACUAGACAAUUGUACAAACGUAAUAUUUGCAUCAGUGCUUCUGACCACUUUUGCCUCUUGCCCGGCCCACCACAAACUCUUGUCCCCCAGAAUGGAAUGUGGAAUGUGGCUUUUGGGCAGAAAAAGGUUUCCCACUGGGGAAGUCUGCAUAUCCUUCCCCACAUCUGAUGUAGGCCCGAAUCCUGUUUUGCCUGUGAGGGAGCCCAGUCGUCUUGGUUUGAAUCCCCAUUAAACAGCUGCCCUUCCUCCUAUUUCAUGAGGCCACCCUACUGGUCAGACAUCAUUUUUUGUUCCUGCCUUUUAGAAGAAAUUCAGCUCUCAGAUAAGGAUAAUAUAUUUGUUUCUGAAAAUGUGGCACAAAGGACGGGAUUCUGAGUGGAAGGCUCAAGGGGCUCGACUGAGUUUCCUGCAGAGACCUCUUUCUUUGCUGAGAAGCAAUUAAGCAGGCUGUUAACUGUCAUUUCUUAUCUUUCUAUAUGUUAUGGCUUUAUAAUUCAGGCAGUGGAGGAAGGCAGAACAUGGUCCGUUUAUUUUUAACAAAGAACAUACAGAGCUUGGUUAUCUGUUUUCCAACUUAAAAAUACAACAUUAUUCUUCAACAAUACUCAGCUUUUGGUGUAUCCAUUAAUCACUCUAUUCGAAGUUCAUAUCAGAUGAUUACCCCCAGACCACAUUCCCUAUUAAUUUUACUCACCUCAUGUCUUUGCUCUGUGCCUUUUAAAGUAUGUCUUAAAGCUUUUUGGACCUGUUUGCUUUUGUAUUCGGAGUUCAGACCUUUUAUUAUCAAAAUCUUAAGUGGUUUAAUGAAGAGCCUUCCCAUUCAUAAGACUGGAGUGUGUAAGGCAAUGCUAGUAAUUCAUGAGCCAGUGCCAAUUGGUGAAGUUAGAAAAGGAAGCUGUGGAAGGAAAAAAUAGAUUUAUUAUCAAAGUUUCUAGAUCAGUAAGCACAAAGGGAAAUGAGUGAAGAGCGCAUGUAUCUGUGUAGCUGGCAACACAGUUUUUCCAAAAGCCAUCUGCAGAGGAAUGAGAAGAUACCUUCUUGUCCCCCAAGGAAUGAGACCUUUCAAAGGGACAAUUUCCCUCAAAGGGACACCCUGCUUUCCCGAGACCUUCACUUGCUGUGACAGCAGAGGAGCUGAGCAGGGCACAUCUAUCAAGUUUCCAAAGGCCUCAUCCACCAACCUUUCUGCCUCUCUUAGCUUCUUCAGGUAAACCACCUUGGCCUCAAGGGAAUGACCUCAUUUCCUGAGGCCAGGAACUCACUGCACUGAGCAUGCAUUCAUGACUUUUGUCUAACAGGCAGAUAGUCAUACAUGUUCUGUACAAUAUACUGAAUUGCUCCCAGCCCUGCUACUGGUUUUUCACCCUCUUGCUCAUGAAGCAGCGCUUGAGAUGCUAUAUUUUAAACACAGAACCUGUACAUCUCCCCCCAGAUGUUUUCCCAGUGGCCAGAAUGAGUAUGACGAUGCAAAGAACAUAACAGAGCUUAAAAGACUGUUUCCUUGGUAACCACAGCCCCUUCAUGGAUUUGUGAAGUCACAGAAGGCCAGUCUACCAUAUUCAGGUUAGGUUAGCUUGAAGCUGAAGUUCAAGGAGUGAAGUCAAUGAUUACCUGUAAUGUAUUUCUCCUUUAACUGUAUCUGGCUACUGAAUGUUCGAUUGAAACUGGUUACUUUCCCAAGAGUUGUGGUACUUCAGACGAUGAAAGUAGCAGAAAUAUAUUCCCAUAUUUAGCCAUCCCUUUUAAUAUCUUGUUCCUUCCUUUCAAGACACAGACAAACACACUUUCCUUGUUGUUGUUGCUGUUCAUAGUUUUCCUGUAUUAACCAUUUCAGUGGUGGGAUUUAGCAGCAGCAGCAGCAACAAUUCCCAACUGGCUUGAAGGCAACUUCAGUGAGGCUUUGUUGUUUCCAUGACUGUGAUGUUGAUCAAUUAUGUCAGAGUCAGGACCACUUAUUGCCCUAAGUUGUUACCUGGGACACACUUUUUAAAAGUAUUGCAUGGUUUCCUUUUUCUCCUUUCUUUUUAUCUCUGGGGUUUCUCUUUACUCUGUCGCUCCCUGUUUUUGUGCCUCAUUGAAACUUCUCUGAAACUUCAGUGUCUUAAAUUAGAAGCUUUCAAAGCCACAUUGAAGUGAACUUCCUUUUGUCUGAAAUGUACUUAAGAGAAUUUUGAAUCCUAAGCGAAAGUUUAGUGACCAAUGUAACACUGAACUGUUAACAAUUAACUUUGCCAAAACCAAAAUUGUACAUUUUAACCGCUCCCCUAGGAAGGAUAAUUGGAGCGUAAAGGGAAACGCCAUUGAACAGACUAAGACCUUCCAAUACUUAGGCAUUACUUUCUCUUAUAAUGCCAAAUUCUCAACACACUUGACCACAUCAGCUAUAUCAGCAGAAAGAAGUGCAAAUGCUAUCCUUAGAUUAUUCAGAAGGAAAGGAGCUGGCUUCCUCCCGAUGGCCCUAACAGUCUUUCAGGCAAAAUCUUUAGCCCAACUUCUAUAUGGCUCUCAAAUUAGCCCCUCUGCCAACCUUAAGACCCUUGAAACAGUACAAUCUAAAUUCUUAAGAUCAUUAUUUGCUACUCCUAAGUGCACACCUAAUGCAGUCUUAAGGCAAGAGGCAGGACUGCCCAGAGUGGAAUUAAAAGUCUGGGAACAAGCAAUAUCCCUCUGGCUGAAAAUCCAUUACAAUCCUAAGGGUCUAUUACCUUGCUUCCUGGCCGCAGUUCCCUAUCCUCCUUGGCUUAUGCAAAUAACUAACAAGAUCAAACAAAUUGGCCUAAACCCUGAAAAUAUUUUUAUUGGAACUCUGAACAAGGCAAAAGCUACUAUCACUCGGAGACUUUAUGAUAUCGAAUUACAACAAGAAGGCGCCCUACUCCCAGAGACGUAUAGAUGUUUAAAAGCUUGGCCUAAUUUUGCAGCUGCCCCUUACUUAACUAACAUCACUAACGAAACCUAUAGAUGGGCUUUCUCUAGAGCCCGCUUUGAGACAAUGCCCUCAGCAGUGCUGUACGGCAAAUUCACGCGAGUUCCAAUGCAUGCGCGUCUCUGCCCUUGUAUGUCUAAUAAGGUAGAAUCUGUCACACACAUUCUUCUAUCUUGCGAAUUCUAUAGUGAAGAACGAGUUCAACUUAUUUUACCGCUUCUAUCAAAAUUUAUACCCCUUCAAUAUUAUUUGGAAUCCUCCCCUGAAAUUCUUCGAAAAUACCUCCUGGAAGAUUCCUCAAGCUCAGUAUCAUAUGAGGUGGCUAAAUUUUGCACUUUAGUAAUUAAGAAGCGUAAAUCUCUUCUGUUGAAUGGCACACUGUGAAGUUCUCUUGUGUAACCUUUUUUCUUUUCUGAAGUUGUUGCUGAUUUUUUGUUGUCUGAUCUUAUGGUGUCUAGUGUUACUGGCUUUGGCCGCAAUAAACUUGAAACUUGAACUGAAUCCUAAGCAAUGCUGUACAUAGUGUUCAGAGUGCUUUAGAGUACCUAAUUCAUCUCUUUCUGAGUUGCAUAAUCACACCAAAGGUAAGGAAGUUAUGUUCAUUUCCCAUUUGAUGCAAUUCAGCUGGUGAAAGGGGCUGUUCUUCCUCUUCCUCCUGCUUCUGUUGCCCCUGAUUUAUGUGAUGCUUGUGAGAGCAUUGUCAGCUGUCAAUGUUUUUCAAUAGGGCAUUUGUUGUAACUGUCAGGAGUAUAGACCAACAGCUUCACCUGAAGGCCAUGUGUUUCUGACUGCAAAUUAUUUGAAUCUCUAAUGAUUCAAAAAACAGUGCUAGAGGGAGGUUCUGCAACAGGCAGCCUUGCGGUUGCCUACAUCGUCAUAAGAAUCUAGAGUUGAUGUGGCCAAGAUUCUCAAAACUCCUGGAGAAAACCUUUUUAAAUAUCUACUGUCCUCUUGUAGCCCUUAUUAAGAGGGAAUGUAUCUUUGUUGAGGAGCUGCAUUCAAACAGGGUAUUGAUACCUCUACUUGUUGCCAUUUCCAAUUAUGAAGGUUGUCUUACCUGCUAGAUUGAACUAGACUACUGAGAACUGCACUGGAUCCUCUCCCAGUAAUAAUUAAAUGUCUAAAUGGAUGCAGAGCCCAAACAAAAGUAUGUCAAGCAUAGUAUGUAAUCCUGUUCUAAAUAGGGAUCUCCACAACUACAGAGACUUCUUCCUUUCCUGUCAUGUAGAGAGUUAUCAUGUAUUGACUCUACACAGGGCAGUGGGACAAUCUUUGCACAAACUAUUCUACAUGCAUGUGGAAUAGAUUCUGUUUAGCAGUUGUAAUGUAUAGACUUGCUCUUAGAGCCGUAACCAAAGAUGGUAGAGAGCUAGAAACUAGAUAAUCUCACCUGAAUUUCUUUGUACUACUUGCACAUUUGUAUUAAUUCUGUUUAGAUAAGGGAGGGGUGGUGCAUACUGUAUUGCCACCAAGAUCUGGGUUUGCAUAGACGAGAUGUUCUAAAUGAGCAACUCUAAAGGGAUCUUCUGAGUGGACGACAAUGGAUUAAAGUGAGAGGGACAUUCAGAGCGCCUAGUAUGGGAUAACAUGUCUUAUCAUUGCUUGCGUUGCUUGAUGAUACUUUAGCAUGCUGCACACUUCCUCCAUUAGUAUCUGAUGCUUCAAAAUCAGAGGGAAAUCUAUAAAGGGUUGCAUUGAAAUGCACAGUUAUAGCAGAAGGUUAUAAUGAUCCACAAAGUCAAACAUCAAGGAAAUGGAAAAUAAAGCAAUUUCUACAUUCAGUGGCCAGCACAGUAGGUCAAAACCUCAGCUAGUUUAAAAUUGUCUGUUAAUUUCCCACCAACAAAAAAGAAAAGAAAACUUCUUAGCAUGCAUGAGAAACAUGUAAAAUAUUCUUAAUGUAUUUAUAUGUAUACUUUUUUUAACUGUGAGGUGGUACACCAAGACGCCUGCUUCUUGGGAGAAAAGCAAUGACAAACCUAGACAGCAUCUUAAAAAGCAGAGACAUCACCUUGCCAACAAAGGUCCGUAUAGUUAAAGCUAUGGUUUUCCCAGUAGUGAUGUAUGGAAGUGAGAGCUGGACCAUAAAGAAGGCUGAUCGCCAAAGAAUUGAUGCUUUUGAAUUAUGGUGCUGGAGGAGACUCUUGAGAGUCCCAUGGACUGCAAGAAGAUCAAACCAAUCCAUUCUUAAGGAAAUCAUCCCUGAGUGCUCACUGGAAGGACAGAUCCUGAAGCUGAGGCUCCAAUACUUUAGCCACCUCAUGAGAAGAGAAGACUCCCUGGAAAAGACCCUGAUAUUGGGAAACAUGGAGGGCACAAGGAGAAGGGAACGACAGAGGACAAGAUGGUUGGACAGUGUUCUCGCAUCUACGGGCAUGAGUUUGACCAAACUGCGGGAGGCAGUGGAAGACAGAAGUGCCUGGCGUGCUCUGGUCCAUGGGGUCAUGAAGAGUCGGACACGACUAAACGACUAAACAACAACAACACCAUUAAGUUAAUAAAUGGUCUCUCGAGCAAGUGCAUUGAUUACAUUUAUAUCCCACCUUUCCUCCAAGGAGCUCAAAGUGCUGUACAAGUUUCCUCUUCCUCCCCAUUUUAUCCUCACAACACCCUGUGAGGUUGGCUAGGCUGUGAGUGAGUGACUAGUCCUGAGGCCACCCAAUGAGCUUCAGGGCUGAGUGAGGAUUUGAACCAAGGUCUCCCAGAUCUUAGUCCAACACACUAACCACUAUACCACACUGACUCUAUUCUAGAAAGCUAGUAAUUUAGUUUUUACACAGGCAUUAGGAUGGGAGAAGCUCAGUACUGGUUUCCCUUUCAACAACAACAACAACAACAACAACAGUCCCUUGUAUGGUUAUGAUGGUACUUCACCCUGGUAUGGUACUUCACCCUGAACUUUGUUGAGUCCUCUCCCACCCCAACUGACUCAAUUUUUUCAUAGUUAAAAGGUGGUUUUCCAUUUUGUGCCACGUUAUAAAUGCAGUAUUGUAGGUCAGGGAGAGACAUUCUUGUUCCUAAGUGCUUAUGAAGUGGAUUCUUUAGGGAAGAUGAAAGCUGGCAAAUAAAAAGGAGAAAGCUCCCCUUGAUAAUAGGCACAAUGUACUUGAGUGGGUGGGGUGGGGCGUAUGCCCAUACUGUGAUUACUUUUUAAUAGCCACAUCAUAAGAUGACUCAGCUUUGUGUUUAAUAGCCUUGUGUAUACAGCUCUGUUUCCUUUGAACAGGAUUGCAUAUUUAUAUGAAGUGCUGUUCCACUCUUUGAGUUUCAAUGAAUUAUAAAAGACCUGGCUUUUUAAAACAAAGCAACAAAAAGGCCCAAGUGGCUUAUGUAACAGACAGCCACAAAUCUCACAAGGUUGUAGAGGCGGAAGAGGGCAAGAAGCCGUAAGCAGUCCCUCCCCCCCCCCCAUGAAACCUCAAGGAUAGCGUCUGUUAGCAAUGUGGGUUAACUUGGCAUGCGGAUGUGCUAAGCAGAAAAAAAUGGGUGGAGACAGAAUCUAGGGUUAGAUCCUCACAGGUCACUCUCCAACCUGUUCCCCCAAUGUAUAUAGGAAAGGACAGUGACUUGUGCAGCAUGUGGUUGUUGCGUUUUUCUCACAGUGGUGCUGCCCUCCCCGGAUCCCAGCCUUGCAAGGCUGCUGGGGGCUGCCGGUGUGGGAAUGUGGUAGGCCUUUUGUUGCCACGCCACUGCCUUCAGGGGCCCAUUGAAAGCACCCGGAUCCGGAUCAGAGACACGCAUGGAGACAUGCUCCACUGCUGGUUAGGAGACCCUUGUUUCAUAAUAUAGUGGUACCUCAGGUUACAGAUGCUUCAGGUUACAGACGCUUCAGGUUACAGACUCAGCUAACCCAGAAAUAGUACCUCGGGUUAAGAACUUUGCUUCAGGAUGAGAACAGAAAUUGCGUGGCGGCAGCAGGAGGCCCCAUUAGCUAAAGUGGUACCUCAGGUUAAGAACAGUGUCAGGUUAAGAACGGACCUCCAGAACGAAUUGAGUUCUUAACCCGAGGUACCACUGUACAGGGGUCUUCUAACAGAUUCCAGUUUUGACAAACUCUCGGCACCGUUAACAAGUGACAGGUCUCAGGAUUUCCUGGGGAAAGCCAUUACUGCUUCCAGUGCUAUGUUGCUGUUUGGAAUGUAUAAUGCAGGUGGGGCCUGCGUUUCAGAAAGGGUCUUCACACUGCUUCUCUUUCCAACUCUUUGCCUUCUGAAAAGUGCCCCCCACACCACAAACUGCUUUCCUGCACAUGGGAUAGCCCCAUAACUUUUCUCCCACAGAGAGAAAAACAACCCUGGGUGUGAUUUUAAAAAUAAUAAUGUGAUUUCAUAAAAAUAGCCUGCUAGAUCCGGCCAUCUAGUUCAGCCUCCAGUUCUUACAACAGCCCACCAGAGGCCUGUGGGAAACCAGGGCGCAGAACAUGAGCACAAGAGCACUCUUCCCUCCCAUGGUUUCUAUUAUCUGGUACAGUGGUACUUCGGGUUAAGAACUGAAUUUGUUCUGUAGGUCCGUUCUUAACCUGAAACUGUUCUUAACCUGAGGUACCACUUUAGCUAAUGGGGCCUCCUGCUGCUGCUGCUGCGCCGCUGCUGCACGAUUUCUGUUCUCAUCCUGAAGCAAAGUUCUUAACCCGAGGUACUAUUUCUGGGUUAGCGGAGUCUGUAACCUGAAAUGUCUGUAACCUGAAGUGCCUGUAACCCGAGGUACCACUGUAUUCAGAAUCCAUGCUGCCUUCAGCUGUGGAGGUAGAGCACAGCUAUCAUAGUGGUAGUAAACAACAACGACAAUUGUACCCCACCGAUCUGACUGGGCUGUCCCAGUAGUCUUUGAUAGCCCUAUCUUCCAUGAAAUUUGAAUGGUGGUGGGGUAAAAAAUUGAGGGGAAAGGGUUUAGUAGCUGUUCCUCCCUCUCAGUGCAAUGCUGAAGAUUCCAGUCUCCUAUAGCCACUUUUCAUUUUUUGAAACAAGAUGAAGAGCAGAGAGGAAAUUAACAAAUGACUAAUCAAGUAUAACAUGUAGUUUGAGCUUCAGCAUAGCAUAAAAUCUAGCACAGCAAUAACUUAUGUCUUACUCAUGUUAAUGUACGUAUAAUGUGUUUGUAUGCAUCUCUACAGUCAUCUCGGAUGGGUCAUUAUGUAUAUAGCCAGGUAGUUGACCAAUUAUUGCUCUUUUGCAAAUGUACAUUUUUACAGGAAACUUAAAAGCCCUAACCACUGGCAACAUUCCCACCCUGCUUUGUUGUUUGGCUUUAUUAAGCAAACUAUCCUCAUUUUCAAAGAAAAUUAUAAACACUUCUAAGCUUCAUAUUUCCCCGAGGAAGCUCACAUCAUUUCAGCCACGGCAUUCAAGUGAUACAGGAACUCCUAGCAGAUAAACAUCAAAAUUUCAUUUUGGCAUUGUUGUGUUUUGUAAUGUUGUGGGAUUUUGAGCCACUGAUGAGGGGCCGUCAUGGGGAUGACAGAGCAUCCAUUUUGAUCCCUUGUGCCACGAAAAUAAUAGAAUCAUAGAGUGGAAUGGAUCCUCUAGUCCAACUCCCUGCAAUGCAGGAAUCUUUUGCCCAAUGUGGGGCUAGAACCCACGGCCCUGAGAUUAAGAGUCACAUGUUCUACUAACUGAGCUAAUAUUGGAUACCAUAUGAAUGUGCCUUAAUGGAGUCAAACUAUGGUCCCAUCUUAUAACACUGCUGUUAUCCCUGAACCAGUUUAGCAGGGCAAGGGUAAGUAACACUUAAGGAACCCCCUCCAUCCCCUACCAGAGACGAAUGACAAACCAAGCUGUUAAGACUAUGCUGAAAUGGCAAACCUGAAAGCUCAGAAACCAAGAAGACAAAAACUUUAAGAAAGAAUGGGGAAAAAAUUAUAAUUUAUUUAGCAGAACACUGUAAGCAGAUGAAAACAUUAGCAGGAUUUUAACCUCACUUGUAAUGUACCAAAUACUACGGAUGAUAUGGAUAGAUAUAAAACAUAGACUAUGAAAUAAUAUGCAAUUGGAAAUGUUAACCCAGGGAGGGGAUGGGGGGAAGUCUCGAGAUUCAGAGAAAUCUCAUGGAUAUGUAAUUGGUAUUGUAAUAAAUUUAUAGUUAUAGAAUCAAAUAAAAAUGAUUUCAAGAACAAAACAAAACUGGUCAGCUUUUUGUAUUUCCCUUUCCUUACUUCAGUAUGAAUAAUAUGUCUUUGCAAUUUCUUUCCUGGCAGACCCAGAUAAUGCCGUCUUCAUAGCGCACACAGUUGGAACCAGCGUAGCUUGGAGGCCUAGACAAUGUGAGAAGGCAGAGCCAAGUAACUGUGUGAACGGUGAGCUACCUCAGCCUAGUCAACUUCCCUCGUCUUGGACAUGUGAGCAAACGGAGGAAGGGGGCCCUGCCAUCAGACAAUCUCUGGAUAAGUUUUAUGGGACUUGCUGCCAGAAGAGGCCGUUUGGAGGGAGUCCAGCCUACGAAGCGGCUUCCCAGUGCCUGUCUGUCAAAAUUGCAGAGCUGGCAGGCAAAGAAGGAAUGACGUACGCACAGAAGAGUCUCCAAAUGGCCCAGCUGGUUUUGAACCGAGAUGAGAACAAGGUGUUUCCUCAGCGCUCCAGCAGCACCUGCUUCUCCAUUCCCACGGAAACCAGAGAUAGUUUGGAGGAAAGAAAGCAAAUGCCUGGGCUCUCAAAUGAUAUCCUUCAAUUCAUCUUGAAACAGAACGUAACAAAGUGA